AUGGCCGGCGCUUGCUCGACGCUUUGUUUGAUCAUCAUCACCUUAUUCAUUCCCCCUCUUGGUGUCUUUAUGAUUGCAGGCUGCGGAGUUGACUUCUGGAUCAACGUUCUGCUCACAAUUCUCGGCUACUUCCCCGGACACAUCCACGCCUUCUAUUUGGAAUAUGUCUAUUAUGAUCGUCGCGAUAGUGACCCACUGACUCGUGCCUCUCAACGGCCCGCACCGGGCGUCUACUCCGACCGCAUCCAGAAUGGAGGCCAUCGUCAUACACCCGCAGACCUUAAUUACGGUACCGUGUGA